AUGUCGAGGAGAUACGACUCAAGGACGACCAUCUUCUCUCCAGAAGGGCGUCUGUACCAAGUCGAGUAUGCUCUGGAGGCCAUAUCGCAUGCCGGAACAGCUCUGGGAAUCCUAGCACAAGAUGGAAUUGUCCUUGCAGCAGAGCGUAAAGUCACGAGCAAGCUAUUAGAGCAGGAUACCUCAGCAGAGAAACUCUAUAUCCUGAACGACAACAUGAUUUGUGCCGUAGCAGGCAUGACCGCCGACGCCAACAUCCUGAUUAACUACGCUCGUCAAGCCGCUCAACGCUACCUCCUUACCUACAACGAAGACAUUCCCUGCGAGCAGCUCGUCCGACGUCUAUGCGAUUUGAAGCAGGGCUACACGCAACACGGUGGUCUCAGGCCCUUCGGCGUGUCCUUCAUCUACGCUGGCUACGAUCCGCAGCGACAAUUCCAGUUGUACCAGAGCAACCCAAGCGGCAACUACGGCGGGUGGAAGGCGACUAGCGUAGGAGCCAACAACGCGAGCGCGCAGAGCUUAUUGAAGCAAGACUACAAGGAGGAAUGUGACUUGAAGGAGGCGUGUGGGUUGGCGGUUAAGGUGCUCAGCAAGACGAUGGAUUCGACGAAGUUAAGCAGUGAGAAGAUUGAGUUCGCUACGGUCGGCCGGACGAAAACAGGAAAGGUCUACCAUCAUCUGUGGGGUGCGGACGAGAUCGAUGCGCUGCUCAGGGAGCAUGGCCUGGCAAAGGCGCAGGAUGCGGAGGAGACUACCGAAAGUGCCAUGGGCAACGCAGGCUAUGCGGAGAACCGACCGGAAACCUAG